GUUUGUUUACGUUGGUGCCGCGGUUGCCGCGCUCGCCGCGCAUGUGGUCUGCGUAACGAAAUGAUCGGCAAGGGAAUGAAAUACUUAAUAUGGUUUGCCCACGAGCAUGUGCCUUUCAGGAUGCCUGAACUCGAUGCGAUUGCAUCGAUGUUUGGCAUCACUAUCAAGUUCAUAGAGCAGCCGAAUAAAGAGCCAUACGCUAUAGUUGAACUGGCGUCGGAAGAGGACGCAAAGAAACUUGCUUCGCGAAGCGUGUUAAUACGGUCAGUUAUUGAACUGUGGACUCAUGCUGGAGAUAUCGACGAUGUGUGUGACCAGGUGAAAAAGUUUCCUGCAAAGUUUUGGGAUGCCUACAGUGGCGAAGACCAGUCUUUCAAGUUCAGUGUCGAAAUCUUUGGCAAAAGAAAGGUGCCUAGGGAAGUCAAAGUAGAAAAGAUCGAAAAAUUUGAUUUUCUUCCUCUAAAUGGGCCAAUUAAAAUGGAGAACCCUGACCAUACAUACCACUUGAUUGAAUACUAUGGCAUUGUCCCCAACUACAUACCGGAGAAGCCACAUGCUGUGUUUUUUGGACGUUGGAUCUGUGAUGGCCAGAGGUUUCUAAAGAGCCAUCUGGCCCUCAGGACACGCAAGUUUAUUGCCAAUACAUCGAUGGACCCCACUUUGUCUGUGAUAAUGGCAAAUAUGGCAAAAGUGAAGAAGAGCCACCUUAUCCUCGACCCAUUUGUUGGAUCUGGUAGUCUCCUAGUCCCCGCAGCAUUCUUUGGGGCAUACGUAUUGGGCACGGAUUUGGACUACCUGCUUCUCCAUGGCAAAGCAAAGCCGAGUCGCUGCAAUGAGAAGCAAAGGGCAGAUGACGAGAGUGUGCAGGCAAACUUGCAGCAGUACGGAUGCGAGCAAUGCUUUGUGGACGUUGUCGUAGCAGAUGCGUCAUUACCACUGUGGAGAGCAGAAAUGCGGCUAGAUGCAAUCAUCACCGAUCCACCCUACGGAAUCCGUGAGGCCACAGAAAGGAUAGGCACACACAAGACGUACGACAUUCCUGGCCACUUAGCGGCACAGCACGUUCCAUCCAAGGUUGCCUACUGCCUGAAGGACGUCUUGUGCGACCUCCUCAACUUCAGUGCCCACCACUUGUGCCUGAAUGGAAGGCUUGUGUUCUGGAUGCCCAUCUACAAUGAGGACUUUAGUGAAGAUAGCCUCCCACAGCACCCCUGUCUGAAACUCAUUGCCUACAGUGAGCAGUCAUUGUCUAAGCAUUCAUCACGGCUACUAAUCACCAUGGAAAAAAUGAGUGAACCAGACGAAACAUCAUGUGCAGUCAUGUCGUCUACAGCAGAGAGGUUUAGGGAACGAUAUUUCGCCGGAACGAAAGGCAAAGCUGACAACACAAAAAGCUGACAUUGCUGCCAUUCUGUCUUCUCAAGUUUGGAGAAUACAGCUGCUUCCAAGUCCUUGUGAUGACAUCUUUUUUGGAGCUCACUGAAAUUGAUAAUAAAUUGUUGUUCCUAAAAAAGAAAGUUAA